GGGAAGAGAGAGUGCGCUCGAGGCUGAGCGCAGGAGGUAAAGAGCAGGGUUAAAUACCUCAGAAUCAGGGCAGCAUGGCGCUAGGGACAGCUACAUGCUGAAAGCAACCAAAAAAGGUGACCUCUGCUAUCUAAUGCACAAUAAAGUCAAAAAUGAGCUUCUGGAUACAGCUUGGGCUCCUCCUUUGGAAGAAUUUCACCUAUCGGAAAAGGCAAAUUGUUCAGCUGGUUAUUGAGAUUCUGUGGCCUCUCUUCCUCUUCUUUAUAUUAGUCUCAGUGCGGCAGUCCCAUCCAUCAUUUGAGCAGAAUGAAUGUCAUUUUCCAAACCAUGCAUUACCAUCAGCAGGGAUGCUGCCAUGGAUACAGGGAAUCAUCUGUAAUAUUAAAAAUCCUUGCUUCCAGCAUGCUACCCCAGGAGAAACUCCAGGAAAUGUGGGGAAUUUCAAUCAAUCCAUUCUUUCACGUUUGCUGUCUGAUGCUCAAAAGGUGCUACUUCAAGCUAAUCAGGACCACAUUUUACAAAGCUUCAAUCAACUUCUCAGAGCAUUGAAAAAGCUUAAUGAAGACAGCCUUCCAUUGUCUGGUCUGCCAAUCAAAGAAUAUCUGCGGAAGAAUCAGACCCUAUCUGAGUUUUUCCUGAACAAUGCAUCACUUCCCACAGAGGUGAUCAAUGAUUUAAUGGCAGCAAAAUUAAAUCUCAAUCAGAUAUCCCUUGCUGGUUCAAGGGAAAGUUUUAAAGAGAUUGUUUGCAACGUAUCUCAUCUCUCCGGUUUCUUGGCUACAAAGAAUAAGAAGGCAUUCAACCGUUUACAGAAGAAUCUGUGUGCCUUACCAGAGAGAACACUGCAAAAAGCAACAACUAUUUUUCUUUCCGAGGUCAACUUCUCCAAACUCUUGGCGGAGAGGGUUACAUUUAGUGCUGGGAAUGCACUUGAUGCAUCUAAUGCCCUUAACAGUUUUAUACACAGAGUGGGAUCUCUUGUGCAGCAGUUUUCCAAUAUGACCAGCUUUUCGGAAUUCCGGGAUGCAGUUCAGUGGUUAACUAGUCCAAACGCUACCAGAUCACCAACGAUGAUGUUUCAAACAAUAUCAAAGAUUGUUUGCGGGCAUUUGGAUGGGGGUGGCUUGCAGAUACCUUUCCUGAACUGGUAUGAAGAUGAUAACUACAAGGCCUUCUUUGGCAGGAAUAGCACAGAUGAGAAAAUCAUCACUUUUAGCAAUUUAACAUCACCUCACUGUAAUGAUCUCCUUAAGACUCUCGAAUCUUACUCUUCGAUUAUGUGGAAAAGUAUCAAGCCAUUAUUUGUAGGGAAGAUACUGUACAGUCCAGAUACUGCAGCUACGCUGAAGAUAAUGAAAGAGGUGAACAGAACAUUUGAGGAUCUAAGCUUGUUGCAAGAGGUACAUGGAGCAUGGAAUGAAGCUGGACCCCAGAUCUGGAAAUUUAUGGAAAGUAGUCAGGAAAUCCAUCUCCUUCAAGAAAUGUUGAGGAACCCUGCUAUCGCUACCCUUAUUGAUCUACAACUUAAUUCUACCUCUUGGACUGCCAAAAGUAUUGCCAACUUUCUGUCGAGCCAAAGUCAAGAGAGUGAGAAUUCCAUUUACACCUGGAAACAAGCUUAUGAAGAAUUAGAUCAAGUGGUCAAAUCUUUCUCCCAGGUCUUUGAGUGCAUAUCUCUGAAUAAACUAGAAGCUGUUCCGACUGAAGAAAAAUUAGUAGCCCGGGCAUUGCAGCUUCUGGAGGAGAGACAGUUCUGGGCUGGAGUUGUAUUUUUGGUUGAUGAGCCAACAGGUGAUGAGUUUCCAACCCUUCAGCCCCACAUCAAAUACAAGAUCAGGAUGGACAUUGAUUAUGUUGCUCCAACUCACAAAAUCAAGGACAGGUUUUGGGACCCAGGACCUGAAGCACUCACAAUUCGGGACCUGCAGUACAUCUGGGGAGGAUUUGUUUACAUCCAGGAUUUGGUGGAACAGGCAAUUAUUCGAGUACAGACCAACGAACACAAGCGGACUGGGCUUUACUUACAACAGAUGCCAUAUCCGUGCUAUGUAGAUGAUGGCUUCUUGCGAGUUUUGAAUCGUUCGUUGCCCCUCUUCAUGAUCCUGUCUUGGAUUUACUCAGUAGCAAUGAUAGUCAAGAGGCUGGUUCAUGAGAAGGAGGCCCGACUAAAGGAAACAAUGAAGAUGAUGGGACUGUCCAAUGGAAUUUUGUGGGUCAGCUGGUUCAUCAGUAGUUUCAUCCCUUUCCUCAUCAGUGCUGCUUUUCUCACAUUAAUCCUGAAGAAAGGAGAGAUUCUCCCAUACAGCAACCCCUCUGUUAUAUUUGUAUUCCUUGCAACCUUUGCUGUUUCUACCAUCAUGCUGUGUUUCCUGAUCAGCACAUUCUUCUCUGGUGCAAACCUUGCAGCCGCUUGCGGUGGAAUCAUCUACUUCUCCCUCUACCUCCCAUUUGUCCUGUGUGUGGCAUGGAGAAACUCGGUCACUUUCCCACUCCAAAUAUUUGUGAGCCUGUUAUCUCCAGUUGCGUUUGGUUUUGGAUGUGAAUAUUUCUCUCUCUAUGAGGAGCAAGGAAUUGGUAUCCAGUGGUUUAAUCUUGCCUCCAGCCCUGUAGAGGGUGAUGCAUACAAUUUUACUAUUUCUAUCAUCCUCAUGUUGUUUGAUGCUCUCCUGUAUGGCCUUGCAGCAUGGUAUAUUGAAGCAGUGUUUCCAGGUCAAUACGGAGUUCCCAAACCCUGGUAUUUUCCUGUCCUCAGGAGUUACUGGUGUGGAGAGUUCUAUUGUAAUGAGGAUUUGUUUGAAUUCCCUGAUAACAGCAGCACCAAUAAAGUCCAUCUGGAGCAGGAACCAACUCACCUCAAGUUGGGUGUGUCCAUCCAGAACUUAGUGAAGGUUUAUGGAAAUGGGAAGAAAGUGGCUGUAAAUGGACUUAGCGUUAAUUUCUAUGAGGGGCAAAUCACCUCAUUCUUGGGGCAUAAUGGAGCUGGAAAAACAACUACCAUGUCUAUCCUGACUGGAUUGUUCCCACCCACCUCUGGGACAGCAUAUAUUCUGGGCAGAAAUAUCUUCACAGAGAUGGAUACGAUCAGAAAGUCACUAGGGAUGUGUCCACAGCAUAAUGUACUUUUUGACAUAUUGACUGUGGAGGAGCACAUCUGGUUUUAUGGAAGGCUGAAGGGGCUGACUGAGGAGGAGGUAAAUGAAGAAAUGAAGUUGAUGAUUGAUGAUGUGGAUUUGGCGCACAAACGUCGAGAACAAACAAAAAAUCUCUCGGGUGGCAUGCAACGAAAGCUUUCAGUCGCCAUAGCAUUUGUUGGCAGGUCAAAGGUUGUUAUUUUAGAUGAACCAACUGCUGGUGUUGACCCUUACUCGCGCCGAGGAAUAUGGGAGCUCUUACUUAAAUAUAGGCAAGGCCGCACCAUAAUAUUAUCGACCCAUUACAUGGAUGAGGCGGACCUCCUCGGGGACAGAAUUGCCAUCAUCUCCCAUGGAAAGCUCUGCUGCUGUGGCUCUUCACUGUUCCUUAAAAAUCAUUUAGGAACUGGCUAUUACCUGACUUUAGUGAAAAAAGAGAAUGACAAGACAACGCCAGCCAGCUCCAGCAGCACCACAAUUGGUCUGAGGAAGGAUGACAGUGAUUCUGAGAGGAGCUAUGAUACUGGGCUUGGCAGUGAACAGUACAGUGAACCUGGUGCAUUGGAUGUAUCAACUGUCCUAGCGCUGGUCCAGAAAUAUGUAUCCAAUGCCCGUCUGGUGGAAGAUUUUGGGCACGAAAUGACUUUUAUUCUACCCUAUGUUGGUGCAAAAGAUGGUGCUUUUGUGGAACUCUUCCAGGAAUUGGACAGCCAUCUCUGUGAACUUGGAAUUUCCAGCUAUGGGAUCUCAGACACCAGCCUGGAAGAGAUUUUUCUCAAAGUGGCUGAAAACACUGGAGUGGACAGUGAUAUUGCAGAUGGAAAUGUUCCCAUUAGAAGAGUCAGAUGUUCAAGGUCCAGUGAGCACACGCUGCAGCCAGUUAGUGAGGAAGGGGAUUUUGAACUACCUGACACAGAACCUGUAAAAAGGAAAGGUCGAAGGAAAGAACCCAAGGAGACUGACUUUAUGCAGUGUAUGGAAGGCAGAGGUUCAUACCAAUUACGUGGCUGGCAGCUCACCCGACAACAGUUCCAUUCCUUGUUCAUCAAGCGCUUCCUGUAUGCCCGCCGAAGUCGAAGAGGACUUUUUGCUCAGAUUGUGCUGCCUGCAUUGUUUGUGUUUAUUGCUCUGUUCUUCAGUAUGAUUGUGCCUCCAUUUGGGAAAUAUCCACCAUUAGAACUGAGUCCCUGGAUGUAUGGAGAACAGUACACUUUCAUCAGUGAUGACUUUCCAGAGGAUCCCACCACUCGCGAUCUGAUCAGCGCACUCCUCAGUGACCCUGGAUUUGGCACCAAGUGUAUGGAAAGUGGAACAAAUGAAAGUAUGAAGUGCCAAGAAGGUGGAACUGAUUGGAUAAUUCCCCAAGUUUCAGAAUCAGUCCUGAAGAUCUUCCGCAGUGGUAACUGGACUAUGCAAAAUCCAUCCCCUGCUUGUCAGUGCAGCUCAAAGAAGACCCAGAGGAUGUUGCCUUUGUGUGGAGAAGGAGCGGGAGGACUCCCGCCCCCUCAGUUACAGCGAAAUACUGGGGACAUUCUUCAGAAUCUAACUGGCAGGAAUGUAUCAGACUACCUCGUGAAAACCUACCCCCAGAUCCUUAGUAAAAGUCUGAAAACUAAGAAGUGGGUGAACGAGUUCAGGUAUGGAGGAUUCUCAUUGGGAGCACGAAGUUCCCAGGUUUUACCUUCGCUGAAUGAAGUUAAUAUCUCCAUUAUUGAGAUCAGGUCACGAUUGAAUGUCACAAAGGAUAGUUCUACGGACCGACUGCUUGGAAACAUUGGAAACUUUAUUGAAGGGCUGAACACAAAUAAUAAUGUGAAAGUCUGGUUCAACAAUAAAGGCUGGCAUGCCAUGGUGAGUUUUGUGAAUGUUAUGAGCAAUGCAGUGCUGAGAGCAAAUCUUCCACCAGGAAAGGAUCCCAGAAUGUUUGGGAUUACUGCAUACAAUCACCCACUGAACCUGACCAAAGAACAGUUCACUGAAGUCGCACUGAUAGGUACCUCUGUUGACUUGCUCGUCUCCAUUUGUGUCAUCUUUGCCAUGUCCUUUGUGCCAGCCAGCUUUGUUCUCUUCCUCAUUGAAGAACGUGUCAGCAAAGCCAAGCACCUUCAGUUUGUUAGUGGUGUGAAACCUGGCAUUUAUUGGCUUGCUAAUUUUGCAUGGGAUAUGUGUAAUUAUGCAGUGUCAGCAACGCUGGUAGUCGUUAUCUUCAUCUGCUUCCAACAGAAGUCUUAUGUAUCUGCCCCCAAUUUGCCAGCACUGAUCCUCCUGCUGUUCCUUUAUGGCUGGUCCAUCACUCCCCUCAUGUAUCCAGCAUCCUUUUUGUUCAGUAUCCCCAGUUCUGCCUAUGUGGCGCUAACCUGUGUAAAUCUGUUCAUCGGUAUCAAUGGCAGCGUGGCCACGUUUGUCCUAGAGCUCUUCCAUGACAAGAAAUUGGAUGAGGUCAAUCAAAUCCUGAAAAAAGUUUUCCUUAUUUUCCCACAUUUCUGCCUGGGCCGAGGUAUGAUCGACAUGGUGAAGAAUCAAGCUAUGGCAGAUGCAUACGAGAGGAUUGGGGAGAAGAUAUUCACAUCUCCGCUCUCCUGGGACCUGGUGGGAAAGAACCUGUUUGCCAUGGCUGUCCAGGGAGUCAUCUUCUUUUUAUUCACAAUCCUACUACAGUACAAAUUCUUCUUCAAAAUGAGAUCUCUGUCUUUAAAACUUCCACCAUUGGAAACAGAAGAUGAGGAUGUAGCUAGAGAGAGGCAAAGGGUUACAUAUGGUGGAAGUGAUGGUGACAUUCUAGUCAUCAAGGAUCUCACCAAGGUUUACAGAAGGAAAAAGAAACCAGCUGUGGACCGACUAUGUGUGGGAAUUCCUCCUGGAGAGUGUUUUGGACUUCUGGGAAUCAAUGGAGCUGGGAAAACAUCCACAUUUAAGAUGCUUACAGGUGACACAGAUGUCAGCAGCGGUGAAGCCUUCCUUGAUGGAUAUAGCAUUCUGUCUAACAUCCAGGAUGUGCAUCAGAACAUGGGAUACUGCCCUCAGUUUGAUGCUGUUAACAAACUGUUGACGGGUCGGGAACAUGUAGAAUUCUACUCACGGCUACGUGGCAUUCCUGAGCACGAGGUUGCUAAGGUCACUGAAUGGGCUGUGAAGAAAUUAGGACUCUCUCGCUACGCAGACAGACCUUCUGGGACGUAUAGCGGAGGCAACAAGCGGAAAUUGUCAACUGCCAUUGCACUGAUUGGAUGCCCACCAGUCAUCUUUCUGGAUGAACCUACGACGGGAAUGGAUCCCAAGGCCAGGCGAUUUCUCUGGAAUUGCAUCUUGAGUGUGAUCAGAGAAGGGAGAUCAGUGGUACUCACCUCACACAGCAUGGAGGAAUGUGAGGCACUGUGCACGAGGAUGGCCAUCAUGGUGAAUGGGCGAUUCCGCUGUCUUGGCAGUGUGCAGCACCUGAAGAGCAGGUUUGGAGACGGUUACACCAUCAUCCUGAGGAUGGAUAGUACCACGCUGGAUUCAUCUAAUGUUGAGGAAUUCAUGGUGUCCACAUUCCCAGGCUGUGUGUUGAAGGAAAAGCACCACAGCAUGUUGCAGUAUCAGAUACCAACGGGGUGCUGCUCCCUGGCCAAAAUCUUCAGUGCCCUCAUGACCCACAAAGAAAAACUGAAGAUCGAAGACUAUUCAGUGUCUCAAACUACAUUAGAUCAAGUAUUUGUCAAUUUUGCCAAGGACCAAAGCGAAGACUACUAUUUGAAGGACAUUUUCACACAUGGACCCCAAUACCAGGAUACAGUAAAGCGCAUCACAAAUUUUUUAGCAGAUGAAAACAUGAGGGAGAGUUCAGUAUGAUCCAGGUAUAAGCAAAUCCACUUUCUACCUGCAAUGCAAAUGACAGAUUCCAAAUGCAACAAGUUCAAGGGUGUUCCAGGACUGAACCAUCUGUAACUGGACGAUCAACAACCGAUUCCUCAACUACGGACCUACCUUCCCUGCCCCUGUUUCAAGUUACCAUUAAUUACCGUCUGAAAAAAAAACUUCUAUUCCUAACCUUAAAUCUUUCUGGAUUUGUAUGAACAAUGGCUGAAACGUACAAACUGUUAUAUUUACACAGUUUCUUCAUAUCUUUUAGUACAUUUUGGAUUUUUUUUAGCUCUUGCAGCUGAAUUGUUUACAUUGCAGUUUUGUCUGGAAUUUUCUGAAACAGGAAAAAAAAAUGAAAAAAAAACUCAUCUCCAUAUGUAGCAGUAAACUUCCACCCCUCCACUCCUAAUGGUUUCGCCCUGCCAGAGUGAGCCAUGGUAUUUUGCUUCUUUGAUGAUAAGGGGAUGUUAUACUGCUAGAUGUGGAGGGAGAGUGAGAAAUGCAAGGAUUAAAGGCUUUUUUAAAAUGUGCACUGGGUAGGGUAUGGGCUAAUAAAAUUAAAAUAGGAUUAGAUUGGCCCAUUACACUGGAGGUAUUUGAGAUUCUCUCCAUUCCUUACCUAAACUGCUAUAAGAUGGAAUAUUGCUAUCAGUCUUAGCUACAUGCUACCCUCAAUGACCAUUGACAUCACUAUCCCAAAAUCUAGAUUUUGUUCAGUUUUGUGUGCAUCUGAUUUUCAUGUACUCAGUGUAAAUGGAAACAAUGUAGUUUUCACACGGAAUAGAACAUAACCACAGCACUCUCACCUCUGACUUAGAAGGCUGUGGGUUUGUGUCCCAGUUCAGGGACUUUCAGUUCACACAGGCUUACAGUUCUUGCUGUUCAAAAAUAAAAUGUUCCAAUUUUUAAAGCAAUUAACAAAUUAUAUCUCUGAAUAAAGCACCUUUUUAAAAAGAAAAUCACAGUUUACAGUACAUGCCUGAUAUACAAACACUGCUUGACCAGUGCAAUUCUGACCACCAGGCAUGUGUCUUACACAUAUGUUUAAAAUCACUAUCUUGCACCCCUUCUAACAUCGUUGCUGGGUGUGCAUACUUCAUUCUGAGUCCAGAUAUUUAUUUGAUCUCUGGGAUUUACUUGCAGGAUCUAAGUUGAUUUAAUUUAAAAAUAAUUGCAGGAGUAUUUCCAGCAUGGUUUUCUGCACCUUGGAGCUUCCCCUAAUCAAUGAACUGUGAUGUUGUCAGGGCUGCUGUAAGCACAGACAGAAAGUGCCUCCUCUCUCUCAGUGAAUGAAGAUCCUUCAUACACAACUCUUGUUAACAUGUUCCUUAUCACCCAGGUGGACUGGGUUCCCAUCCCCCCCAAUGGGCAGUGCAUUAUUAAUGAAAUGUCAAAUCAAAUCCUCACUCUGAUGUUUAAAUUCCAAUGCUGACUGCAAAGCCAUUUUGUAAAUAUAUGCACAAAACAAAACAAUCAAAUGGAGCUGCAGUGGACAGUUAGCAAUUGGUCACAGUCGGCUGUACAGGUUAUUCUUGCUGUCAACAUUAAUAUGGAGUUUAAAGAUAAAUGGAAGUUUAAUCAGUUAUGGCAAGUUUCCUUUCUGUUACACAUCAGUGAAAAAUGUCUGACUGGGAAAUGGAUGGUCCAUCUCUGUGCCUUGCAUCAAAGGCGUCUAAAAAUGAACAAAGCUUUCAUUUUUAAAGUGCUUUUCAUUACCUCUGGAGUCCCAAAGUGCUUUAAAAUCAAUGACGUACUUUUGAAGUAUAGGAAAAGCAGCAGCUAAUUUGUCCACAGUAAGAUUCGACAAACAGGAAUGUGAUAAUGACCAGAUAAUCAGUUUAAAAUAUUGGUAAAGUUAGAAGUGUUGGCGAGGACCCUGGUAGAACUUCAUGCUCUUUUUUCAACAUAACAUCAUGGAAUCUUUUAUGUUAAUCUCAGUUUGGGCCUAUGUUUAACAUCUCAAGAGAUAGAUGACACCUUCAGCAGAGCGGCGCUCCCAAGUACCGCACUGAAGUGUCUGCCGAGAUUAAAUACUCAGUCAUUGGAGUGGUACGUUGAAUCAGAGGCAAGAGUGGGGAUAUCAGAAUGAAUCACCCUGACACUGGUUUACAAGUGGAAAAAGACCUGAUAGUGACUGACAGUAAAUGGUGCUUAUGUACCUCAUUAUAAUAUUAUCCUUGAGAAGCAGCGCGGUGGCUCAACGGUUAGUGCUGCUGCCUCACAUUGCCAGCGAACUGAGUUUGAUUCCACCUUCGGGUGACUGUUCGUAGGAAUUUGCACAUUCUCCAUGUGUCUUGGUGGGUUUCCUCCGGCUGCUCUGGUUUCCUUCCAUUGUCUAAAAAUUUGCAGGUUAGGUGGAUUGGCUAUGGGAAAUACAGGGUUAAAGGGAGAGGCUAGGGGUCUGAGUGAGAUGCUGUUUGGAGGGUCAGUGCAGUUUCAAUGGGCAGAAUGGCCUGCUUCCACGCUGUAAGGAUUCUAUGAUUCUAAACAGCUUCACCCAAAGAUGUACUUUACAAAAAGCAUCCUUAAUUAGGGUGCAAAAUCAGAAUUCUUGCAUAUUUAAUAUGUAUUUUUAAGCUGUUAUUGGGUAGAAUCCUUAUACCUGGCCAUUCAACUUAAUGGAUAUUUAACUGUGAAAAUUUGGUUAUGAGUUUGAAGGAUGUCACAUUUAAUAUUGUGGGAAUUUAACACUAUUUCCCCCACCCCAAUCUAUAUUACAACGUGACAAAAACCAUUCAGGAGAACAGCUGAAACAAGGACAGGAACUUGUCUGUUAUCUUCUCAUGGGAUUAGAAUAUAAACUGUUGUUAUCAGCAGCCAAAGAUGGCAUCACCCAAAAGACAGGGGAUGUCCACUCCAAUUAUAAAAUGCAAGGCCCUGGUGAUAUCCUUGGCCAGUUUGUGAUGUUAGCCUGAUCUAAGUCUGACUUAGGCCAAACCUGCUGAGAACUGUAUCAUGGACCUGAAGAAGUUGUGUGAGAUAAGUUGUUUUUGGUGUCUUGUGACUUGCAGGGCAGAAGUGUUCCUUCACAUCCCUAAGUGGUGGGCCUUCCUACUGUAUCAACAAUAGAAUCAGGUCCAUCACCUCCUUCGGAUCCUUUUACCCUGGCAGCAAUUCCGACCCAGUUAAAAUUGAAUCUUGUAGGGUAAUGAAAUUUAUACACGGGCUAGAAGCCAUAUGCAGCCCACCAGUCUGCACUGAUCAUUGUUGUCAUGGCUACACAUCACUGGGUCUCCAUUCAUAAUAUCUUUGGUAUGUUGAUAGGGCUUGAGUUAGUGCAGUUCUCCCUCCCUUUUCUCUUCAACUGCUGAGACUUUGGGGUUGUUGCAGUGUCCACAAAACUGGUUAGGAGGGCCUGUUCACAUGCAACUGGUGAACUUGUUUCUUCUUGUGAGGAAGAGAGUCCUCUGGUUAACCGGCCCACACUUGACUAAAAUAGGGUAUCAAAGGUGCCGAUCAGCUCUGGUUCCAGCAAUCAGAGAGUGAUGGUAUGUCGCUGUGGAGAAAUGCGUUGGUUAUUGCCUUUGGUAAAAGGCCAGCAAUAGUGGUGCAUAAUCCUUCAAAUCAAUCCCAUCUUGGUGAUUGUUCAUGGUGCAUUGGUCUGUUCACCAAGGUGGGGGUGGCAUUGGAGGAGAGGGGCAGAAAGGCUGGGCAUGAAGAGAACUGAAUAUAAUGUGUGUAAAUCCAGUUAAUUACAGCUUUCCUGUAUAGCAUCAGAGUGAGAGUUUCAAUCUGAAACUGGACAAUUUGUUUUGACACUGAUUGGUGAUGGAAACUCAACAGUUAAAAAUGGGUUAAUGGUUGAAAUGUUUCAUAUUUUGCUGCUUUGCUUUAUUACUUCGCACUUUUGUAUUUUCCAUGUUCUGUAACAGGCCAGAAAAUAAGCAAAGAACGAAAAGACAAGUGAAUAUUGGCAAUGAAAUCAACAGAUUGUGAGCAGGAUACUGAAAUGAGGGGCAAUACUAGAAUUGUCAGUAAAUCGAGGUGUAAUUCAACUGUUCCAUCUCUUUCUGUAAUCCCCUUGAAGGGGCAAGGAAAUUCUGGAGUAGGGGUACUUUUUGUUCACAAUACACUAUUGUCAGUGUGAUAUCCUUGCCAGAAUGUGUUUUCUUCCAUGCAUGUAAACCAAUACCCAAUGGAGUUUUGGCAUCUAGUGGAUCUAGACCUCAUCAGGUGUCUUGGUCUAUGAAGUGUUUCCCAUGAAACCACUCAGGGAUGGUCCUGGCCACUGGUGACACUGGAGCCAUCUAACAGGGAAGGUUCCUCAGCUCCAGGGUCCCUCCUCAAAUCACGCCAACCAAAAUUCUUGCCCAUCUGUUGCUCCAUAAAAUGAGGAAUAUGUAUUUCACAGAAACUACUUCUCUCCAGAAACUUCCUCUCCACUUGCACAAUGAGGUGUGACAAUUAUUUUCUGAAUAUUCUGUAGGUUUUAAGGCUGAGGAACAUUUUUGGGAAAAUCUAGAAAAGACCCUUGCUUUCCAUUCAGCCUGUCCUUCAACAUAAACAGGCACUAAGACUAUUUUGAGCAAGAUGCCAGGUACGAUUCCAGUUCCUGGAGUUAUUCAUGUUACUUUUUUUUUCUGGUUUGAGUUUCCUGACAGGAGCAACAACAAUUGACAUUAGGGGCAUCAGAAUGGGUGGGGAGUGGUGGCUGGUACAGUGAGUAAUUAGUUGGGAUUCCUGCUCCUGACAGCCAUCCAUUGACUAUGUGCGCGAUUGUCAAGUGAGGACAGUAUUGAAUGUCCUCAGCCUGAGGUAUUGAGGCUGAUCGUAACACAGACAUUUCUGAGCUUGGCUGAUCCACUAAUUGUAAUAGUGGCAGGCAAUUGGGCUUAGAACCUUCAAACUCAGAUGGUUGUAAAAAGUUGUGGAGCUAGUGAUCUGGAGUUGCUGUAGAUUGAUUCUAGCGACAGUUCCCAAAAAACACAUUCCGGUAUCCUUUGUGUCAUUUUAUGGGUAAGAUGGAUAUUUCAGGUCCACAUUGCAUAAGAGUCAAAUGUGUGUAUAUUUUGAGCUGAGUUUUCACACUCUCGAGCUGCUCUUACUGUUGCUUCUGUUCGUGGUCCCAUUCAUUAUUAUUAUUGGACAGUGUACUAAU